CUCCCCCUUUAUUUUUCUAUUCCUCCUUUCAUACUUACACCUCCCUCUCCCCCUUGUCUUUCUUGCCCGUUUUUUCCUAGUUACCUCUUUGUCCCUCUGUUAUUCUCUCUGCCUUUCUUUACCCUCUUUGCUGCCAAGCUGGAUUUCCUGCAGGUGAAACAUCUGAAGAGGAAAAGGAAGAGCAACUACAGCGUGAGAGAAACACAGACUCUCAUCAGGGAGAUCCACAAGAGGAGGGAUGUGUUGUUCUCCAGACAGCAGAACACAGCUGUUAAUGAGCUGAAGAGACAGGCAUGGGAAGAAGUGGCACGAGGUGUCAACUCACUGGGGGAGGGCGAGUUACGAACUGCUGCUGAAGUGAAGCGACGUUACCUGGACUGGCGUGCACUGAUGAAGAGGAAGCAGCUUCAGGCUGAGUUCUCUCUCUCCUUCUCCUCACCCUCGUCUCUGGCCCCAAAGACGGAGUACGAUCAGUCCUCCCCUGAGCAUGAGGCAGCUUCUCUGGGGUCUGGGUGCGACCAGCUGCUCGACCUCUCAGGCCUCCCAAAGGACUGUCACUGCGACUGGCCGGAGCUGGCGGCUCUCGGUGAGCCAAGCGGUCAUGCCUUGAUGGCACCGCCAGACAUGAAGAUGGAGGACCACGUCAGUGAAUACAGACUGGAUGGUGAUGGUGAUGUAGGAGAUGGAGAAAUAGAUGAAGAUGAUAUUCCCUCCCUCCUCAGCGACAUUGAGUCCCGUGGCGACGGGCAUGUUGGCGAUGUUUACUCCCACAGUGACUUGGGCACUCUCGGCUCUUCCAAGACUCCGAGCUCCACCACCAACCGAGACCUGCCGCUGGCUGCCGGCCUGAUGGGAAUGGCGCCUCAUGCUCUGAGUGGACUCAACAAUCAUGAAAACAUGGGCGCAGGGUUUCUGGUCGCUGUUGAGAAACAGCGACUGGAGCUGGAAAAACAACGCCUAGCUGUGGAAACCGAACGCCUGGCGGUGGAGAAAGAGCGGCUGGUGGUGGAGAAGGAGCGACUUCAUCAGAUGGAGGUGGAGAGGGAACGACUGCAGCUGGAAAGAGAGAGGUUGCAGGUGGAGAGGGAGAGGCUGAGACUUUUGUUCCUCAGCCAAUCAGAGCACAUAGACUCCUCUUUUAACCUGCCACCGCAACAAGGCCCGCCCUCGUCCUCCACGCCUUCUUUAUCCUGUACUCAUGAUGGACAGAGGGAGAGAGAGAAGGAAGGUAAAGGAUGGAUGUCGGUGGUGGAUCUGGAGACAGAGAGGUUAAAACUGGAGAAAGAGAGACUGCAGCUGGAGAAGGAGAGACUGCAGUUCUUCAAAUUUGGCGGCAGACUGCAGAUUGAGAGAGAACGCCUCCAGGUGGAGAAAGAGAGAAUGCAGCUGCACAAAGAUCAUCAGAGCCACUGAUUACAGAGAGAAAGUGGAGGGUGAAAGUGACAAAUAAAUUAGAUUUUCACCAGCUUCUGAGUUUUUCUUUUAAUGCUGAAAAGAACACAGCAUUUGCAUCUGAGACUGCUUCCUAAUUAACCCUAAUUUCAUACACCCACAUAUCCUUAAAGAAGGUGUGAGCCAUUUAAACGACCAUUACUGAUUAGAAUUUGGCCAAGGAGAAGACAGACAUGGAGGGCUGGCAUAUUUAUGACCAUCACGAUAAAGCAGUGCCUUAUAAUGUCUUCAUGAAAUGGGUUGACAGGACAGAAAAGACGCCAUGAUAAUAAAUAUGUUGGAGUUGUUUGGCACACACAGCUGGUUAUUAGCGGAACAUAUAACAUACGUUUGUUUGCAGAUGUUCAGUGCCCCAUGCAAAUACACUAAUGCACACAUUGUGCAGUAUAGAACAUUAAAUGCCGAGAUAUAUGUAUAAAUGUUUUGUAUUCGUAUAUAUGACAGAAUGGGAUCGUGAUGUCUUAACCCUGCAUUUAUGCAUCAAAUCUGUGCCAGUUAAUCUACUGCAUGGGUGCUCGCCUCUAUAAUGUAGCUUCCAACAUUGAAAAAAAACAAAAGCACACAACUGUUACUUGUACAGAGAGAUUUUCUAUGCUGUUUAUGUUUUGCUGUCAAGUGCUUGUGUUAAAAUAUUGUUUACAUGGAAAUAGUUGUGACUUUGUGCAUUCGCCUGCCGGCUUUAAACUGAUAUUUCACAUUUGUUAUUUUUCACAGCAGGAAUGUUUGUAGCAGGAAAAGCGUGUGUGACAAGUGUGUUUAACAAUAACAUUGACAGUGGCUCUGUUCUAUUCAAUUGCCCCACUAAGCCACGACAGUGUGACAGUGAGGACCCUCAAACUGAAGCAGCUAAUCAUUUCUAUUGUUUACACCUGUGCUUUACCCACUGUGACAUAUGUGAAAAUGUCUUCUGUGAAAAAGGCCUAUUGAUGCUUUUGACAUAAAGAUUUGUGGACUUGGAAAAGAAGAUCUGUGGUGAGCAGACACUGGAUGUUUGGUUUGCAUGAUGGAAAAUUUAAGUAUUGCUUUAAAGUUAUGUUUUCAACUUAUACUUAACUUGUUCAACUUAAGUUCUGUUGUGCUAUAAACAUACUGUAAAGUGUUACUGGCUACUGGAAACUACACCACUCUUUCUCCAUAAUACAAUACCUUUUGGUUAUGUUGUAACAAACAAUUAUUCUUUUUACAUCCUGAGUAAAUACCAGUUUGUCUCUUUAAAGAAUUUAUGACCUGACCAGCAGACUUAUUUUAUUAUUUUCUUUUCUCUAUCUGUGAUAUGCAUGUACAUGUAUUUAUAUGUCUUUUUUAUCAUUUCUUACAGUCCCUGUGGCUCUAUGUCACUAAGUUUGUAAGGAAUCUUUGUUGAGUACAGAAAAUGUGACUUCCAGACAAAUUUUGUAGUGAUCAGAGGUGAAUAAAAUCUGCAUUACACGUCCAA